CUGGUGACCCCGCGCCGCGUCGUGUCCGGGUUGUGUCCUGCAGGCCGAAGCGGCAGCCGAAGCCGUCCUCAGAUGAGGGUUACUGGGACUGUAGCGUCUGCACCUUCCGGAACAGCGCCGAGGCCUUCAAGUGCAUGAUGUGCGAUGUGCGGAAGGGCACCUCCACCCGAGAUAACAGGAAGAGAGCCUGGUUACCACUGGGUGGAACAAUCCUGCCGGCUCAAGCCUCUGCCUAGAAAUUUGGGUCAUUCUCUUUUUUGGACAGUCUGGAAACCUCGACCUGUCUCCCAGUUGGUUGCACAGCAGGUUACUCAGCAGUUUGUGCCUCCUACACAGUCAAAGAAAGAGAAAAAAGAUAAAGUAGAAAAAGAAAAAAAUGAAAAAGAAACAACUAGCAAAAAGAAUAGCCAUAAGAAAACCAGACCAAGAUUGAAAAAUGUGGAUCGGAGUAGUGCUCAGCAUUUGGAAGUUACCGUUGGAGAUCUGACAGUCAUUAUUACAGACUUUAAGGAGAAAACAAAGUCACCACCUGCAUCUAGUGCUGCUUCUGCAGAUCAACACAGUCAAAGCGGCUCUAGCUCUGAUAACACAGAGAGAGGAAUGUCCAGGUCAUCUUCACCCAGAGGAGAAGCCUCAUCAUUGAAUGGAGAAUCUCAUUAAAGUUUAUUUUCUCCAGUUUCUUAGUCACUUCUGUCCUACCAUGCAAAUACACAGAUUAUGCCAAGAGGUACCACAUUUUCAUGACAAAUACAUUCAUGCACAAUUCAUAAUUUGAGUUUUACAUAAAAUAGAAAUUUGUUAGAAUUUGUUAGAUUUUAUUGCAACUAUGCCUACCAAACAUUUCCAGACUUAACAUUUUGGUCUCUGCAGUUAAGUGCCAUGAAAAUGUGGUUGAAUUAUUCAUUAUGCAGUGUUACUGGUAAGUGUAUUUUCACUUUUAGUUUAGUGAAUUCUAACACAUAAUUCUUGAAUUCUCUACUAUUGGCAUGUAACGAAUUUAAAUUUUUUAUAACAUAGUGCAAGCUGCCUAAAUAUGUAUUAUUUGAAAAUUGUGAAACAGAUAGUUAUAUGUAUACAAGUCAAAGAUCAACUUAACUAUUGCUGCAACAGGUUUUUCUUAAUGGUUAUCCUCUUAAAUACACCUGCUGGUACUUGGUGUGGUUAAAUAGGAAAAUUGUUAUUAAAUAAAGAAUUUGUAUGAACCUUUGCCAAUGUUUUUGACACGUUUUACUAAUUAUUGUUCCUGAAUUUGUUUCUGGCUUUAUCCAUUUGUUGAGGUUUUUUUGUUUGCUUAUUUUUCAAAACAUUCAUUUAUUGUAAUGUUUACUAGCAGACUAGUAAACAAUAAAGCAUUGAUUAUUUAGCUUUAUAAUUCAGGUUUAGUGCUAUUGUCAUUGAACACUGGUAUUUUCUGUAUCAUAUAAAACAUUAAAAUUCAAAUAAUUAUAAGCAUUUGGCAAAAACGAGAAAAGAAACUUGCCAUAUUUUACAAGCUGCAAUUUUAGAAAAGCUUUAACUUAAUGAUAGUUUUAUCACUGUUUUCUUGUCCCAAACUUAUCCAGGGCCAUACAUGCAUGAAUCUAAUUAAAACAGAAAUGGGAAUUGUUGCACAGAAAUGGGAAAUAGCUAAUUUUAAAUCAGUCUAAUUGGCCUCUUACUAAAUAUAACAAUUCUUAUGAAAAUCAUAGUACCCUAUUUUCAGACACAACUACCAGUUUACACAUUUCUCAGUAUCCUGAAAGGAAAAAAGUAUAGCCCCACUUAUACUAUGUAAAAUUACCAAUAAAAUAUUUUUAUGACUACAGAUUUUGCCUUUUUGUUUAUGACUAUUAAAGUGUUUUAUUUAGUAUUUAGAAUUUCAACCUGGAAACCACACAGUACUUAAAUUCUCCUGGGGUCUCCUGCUUUCUCUUAACCAUUUGCUUAAUAUAUAUCUACCUAUAGGAGACUUUUGAAUUGUAAAUGGACUUAAAAAUAGAAUGUGGAUACAAAAUAUCACAUAAGACAUCAUGAUAACAUUUGAAGAAAAAAAUAAAACUGUAGACCCUAACAGUUGUGAUAUUUGGUGGUUUCGUGUGGUAAUGUAAUUUUCUGUUUAAUUACAGUACUUUUUACAGGCACAGUGGUACUGUCUUUUUUGUAAGAUGCUAGUUGUGAAAUACAAUUGCAUACAGUAAAAGUCUGUGAUUAAAACAUUUAUAUACCUCAUUCUUUAGUGUUGUUAAAUGAAAAAUUAAAAUUUGUGUUUGUUAUAAGAUACGUUCAGUGGAAUACCAACUAACCAGAUAUGUUCCUUUAAAACACGAUAUUUUUGUCUUAUUCUGUUUUUAACAUGUUUCAAAUGUUUUAUAUAUUCAUUUUUGGACAGAGUAAAAAUUUAAAAAUGUUAAUAGGGAAAAUAUUUAAUUUUUAAGUCAAAAACUAUACUUUAAAGGCAUUACAUCUAUGAUCAAAUACUUUCAGAAUGUAUUUUAAAUGAGCUGCAAGAGAGAAAAAUCUGACAGGAGAUGGGAUUUUACCUGAAUGGAGCAUACUCAUAUUUCUACAUAGGUGGAUAGAUACUCAUCUUUCUACAUAGGCAGGAACACAGUGUAGCAUGGAGAUUAAGCAUGCUAACUGACACCUCAUGUUUGAAUCCUGUUGUAGAAUGGAAAUGAGCUUAAAUUACCCAAGCUUACUUUCCAUCUAUAAAACAGGGUUAAUGGUAAUCACAUCUAAUUUAUAGGGUUGUUGGGAGGAUUAAGUCAAUCCAUGUAAAAUUCUUAAUUAUCUGACACAUACUGGUCACUCGGUAAAUGUGAGCUUUUACUAUUGUUAUAGGUAAAAUCCUAUUACAAAAAUACAAAAAUAUUUUUUGUAACAAUUAUUUUCAUGCCCUCUUGGAUGACAUGAAGUAAUAGUGUUUUAUAGAUUUCACUAAAUUUUCAGUAUAAUACCAGAUGUUUUCUCUGGACGCAGAAAGACCAUCUUUCCAUAAUUAAAGAACCUGGUGGGUGUGCACUAUGAGAUUGAAGAAAUGAAUUAAGUCGACUAGUUUGAAAGUGUUUUAUUAAUCAACCUGCCUUUGUUUCACCCUACCUCAAAUACUCUUCCACACCAGGAAAACAAACGCAAAUUCCAUAUAUAGAACUGAUGUUAAAAUAUGCAGAAAGAUUCAGAACCUAGGUUUAGGGUACAUAUUUUGCUCUGUUUCAUGAACUUACAAGGUGGGUUGAGCACUGGGUUCCUUAAGCCAAAUUCCAUACAAAAAGAACUUGGGUGUUUUCCAGCAUUUAUUACUUUACUUUGCUAUAAGUAAGAGUGAAGAUCCCGGGUGCGAUGGCUCAUGCCAAUAAUCCCAGCACUUUGGGCUGAAGCGGGCAGAUAUUUUGAGCCCAGGGCCAGCCUGGGCAACAUGGUGAAAGCUCAUCUCUAUAAAAUAUAUAUAUAUGUGUGUGUGUGUGUGUGUAUUUGAAAAGUGAAUAUACUUUGAGGCAGAAGAAUAAUCUUAAAACCUUUUGUAUUAUACAAUAGAAAUAGUUAAAGGUUUUAUUUUUAUUAAAUGCUUUCCUAAAAUGAUAGUGGAUAAUAGACAAAGCGAAACAUUUAAAAAGGAAGAGAAACUUCAGCCUUUCUACGUUGGUAGCAUGUUUAUUAACUUUUAAAGAUCCUUAUAGCCUAAAAGAAUGUAGCCUCCGCAUAUUACAUGCAUUAAUGGUAGCUGGUCUAGAAGUUUUUGUUUCCACUGAGGCUUUCCCCACGUGCUUUUUUAAACUUCCUACUAUGGUUUGGAUAUGGUUUGUCCUCACCAAGAUUCAUGCUGAGGCCUGAGUCCCCAGUUUGAUUGUGUUGGUAGGUGGUGCCUUUAAGAGAUGAUUAGGUCAUUGCGAUGGAUUAAGGGCUUUCUCAUGAGGCUCAGUUAGUUCUGGAAUGGAUUCACUCUUGCAGGAAUGGAUGAAUUCUCACAAGAGUGGGUUGUUACAAAGUGAGGAUGCUUCUUGUGUUCUGUUCUCUUUGCCCUCCUCAGUUCACCAUCUGCUUUCCACCAUGAGUUGAAGCAGCAUGAGGCCCUCAUCAGAUGGCCUGCCUGAUCUUCGACUCCUUAGCCUUUGCAAGCAUGAGCCAAAAUAAAUCUCUUUUCUUUA